AAGAACCCGGAAGUGGUGGACCCAACGGCCCUCCGGACUCAGGGCCGUUCCAGCCACUCCGUUGCUCUCCACCAUCGGGCAUUUGCCCGUGAAGCAGCCCCUUGGCACGAGGCUUUCCGCAUAGGAGCUAAAGUCGGAGGAAGUGAAGGGACUUCUCGUACGUGCUAAUAAAAUGGGGAGGAAGGCAAGCGAGAGUGGGACAAUCCCCAGCGCGGCACUCGGCUUGUCGUCCUGUGCGCUUGCGCAGUGAGCGUUCGCUCGGAGCGCUCGAUUGGUCAGAUACGCGCCUCCAUUUUUCUAGGAGAGAGCGGGAGAAGAUCAGGAUCCGCGGCUGGCAGGGAAACUAUCCUCUCUCCAAGAUGUACAGAACUAAAGUGGGCUUGAAGGACCGACAGCAGCUCUACAAGCUGAUCAUUAGCCAGCUACUCUAUGAUGGCUAUAUCAGCAUUGCCAAUGGCCUCAUCAAUGAAAUCAAACCUCAGUCUGUCUGUGCACCUUCAGAGCAGCUCCUGCAUCUCAUCAAACUAGGGAUGGAAAAUGAUGACACUGCAGUUCAGUAUGCAAUUGGUCGUUCAGAUACAGUUGCCCCCGGCACAGGGAUUGACUUGGAAUUUGAUGCAGAUGUCCAGACCAUGUCCCCAGAGGCUUCUGAGUAUGAAACCUGCUAUGUCACAUCCCAUAAAGGACCGUGCCGCGUCGCCACAUACAGCAGAGAUGGGCAGUUGAUAGCCACGGGCUCUGCUGAUGCUUCUAUAAAGAUCCUUGACACAGAAAGAAUGUUGGCCAAAAGUGCCAUGCCGAUAGAGGUCAUGAUGAAUGAGACCGCACAGCAGAACAUGGAAAACCAUCCAGUGAUCCGAACUCUUUAUGACCAUGUCGAUGAAGUCACGUGUCUCGCUUUCCACCCAACAGAGCAGAUUCUGGCCUCUGGUUCAAGGGAUUAUACUCUUAAAUUGUUUGAUUAUUCCAAACCAUCUGCAAAAAGAGCCUUCAAAUACAUUCAGGAAGCAGAAAUGUUACGCUCCAUCUCCUUUCACCCUUCUGGAGACUUUAUACUUGUUGGCACUCAGCACCCUACGCUGCGCCUUUAUGAUAUCAACACCUUUCAGUGUUUCGUCUCUUGUAAUCCUCAAGACCAACACACUGAUGCUAUAUGUUCUGUUAAUUACAAUCCCAGUGCCAACAUGUAUGUAACUGGUAGCAAGGACGGCUGCAUCAAAUUAUGGGAUGGUGUUUCAAAUCGAUGCAUCACAACUUUCGAGAAAGCACAUGACGGUGCUGAAGUCUGUUCUGCCAUUUUUUCCAAAAAUUCUAAAUAUAUUCUGUCAAGUGGAAAAGACUCCGUAGCUAAACUUUGGGAGAUAUCAACAGGACGAACGCUGGUCAGAUACACAGGUGCAGGUCUGAGUGGACGACAGGUGCACCGGACGCAGGCCGUCUUCAACCACACGGAAGACUAUGUGCUGCUUCCUGACGAAAGGACAAUCAGCCUCUGCUGCUGGGACUCGAGGACAGCGGAGCGGAGAAACCUCCUCUCCCUGGGGCACAACAACAUCGUGCGCUGCAUAGUGCACUCGCCCACCAACCCUGGCUUUAUGACGUGCAGUGAUGACUUCAGAGCGCGGUUUUGGUACCGAAGAUCAACCACCGACUGAGCCGCCUUCGCUGAUAGAUUCCUGUCUCGAGGACUCUGCCCCUCCCUGUGUCCUGUCUCCAGUUGCACAGUUGUGCUGCCA